CUCGAGCGCGCGCGCGCGCUUCUUGAGUUCUUCAACGCCUUUAAGGAGCGUGAGUCGGAUGAAAAUGCUCGCCGGCACGCGGAACCGUGAAUGUCUGUAAGAGAUAACCGGGUUUUCCGGUGGAGGGUGAGCGCAGGGACGGUAACGUGUUGACCGAGAGAAAUUCCUAAACAGGAGACCGAGACAACAGCAGAGAGCGUACAGUGCGCGUGACAGGUGCUCGUGCCGUUCGGUGUGUGUGUGUGUGUUUGAUUGAGAUGCCGCCGGUGCAGAGGACCAUGUCAGACCUGCGCUCCCGUGCCGAAGGAUACGAAAAGCCAGAAGACGCGUCAGAGAAGACUUCUCUAGCUGACCAGGACGAUGCUCGACUAAUCUUCAUUAAUCAGCCUCAGUUUACAAAGUUCUGCAGUAACCGUGUGAGCACGGCGAAGUACAACGUGCUCACUUUCUUGCCACGGUUCCUCUACUCGCAAUUCAGAAGAGCAGCCAACUCCUUCUUCCUGUUCAUCGCCCUGCUGCAGCAAAUUCCCGAUGUUUCUCCGACUGGAAGAUGGACCACGCUGGUGCCGUUGCUCUUCAUCCUCGUGGUGGCAGCUGUGAAGGAGGUGAUCGAAGAUUUGAAACGACACAAAGCCGACAACGUUGUGAACAAGAAAGAGACGCAAGUACUGCGAAAUGGAGCCUGGGAGAUUGUUCACUGGGAGAAGGUGGCGGUAGGCGAGGUAGUGCGAGCGUCCAACGGAGAUCACCUCCCAGCUGACCUCAUCAUUCUGUCGUCCAGCGAACCUCAAGGAAUGUGUUAUAUAGAAACCUCAAACCUGGAUGGAGAAACAAAUCUUAAAAUCAGACAAGGCCUUCAGAUCACCUCCGAGAUAAAGGACAUCGACAGUCUGAUGCGUCUGUCAGGUCGUAUGGAGUGCGAGAGCCCCAACAGACACCUGUACGAGUUUGUAGGCAACAUCCGUCUGGAUGGACAGAGCACAGUGCCACUGGGUCCGGAUCAGAUCCUCCUGAGAGGAGCGCAGCUCAGAAACACACAGUGGGUGCACGGCAUCGUGGUCUACACAGGCCACGACACCAAGCUCAUGCAGAAUUCCACACGUCCUCCUCUGAAGCUGUCCAACGUAGAGCGCAUCACUAACUUUCAGAUCCUGGUGCUGUUUGGCUGCUUGCUGGGAAUCUCUCUGGUUUGCUCCAUCGGACAAACCAUCUGGAAGUACCAGUACGGCAACGCCGCCUGGUACAUGGACCUCAACUAUGGCGGUGCAGCGAACUUUGGUCUGAACUUCCUCACCUUCAUCAUCCUCUUCAACAACUUGAUACCAAUUAGUCUGCUGGUGACACUGGAGGUGAUCAAGUUUAUCCAGGCCUACUUUAUUAACUGGGACACUGACAUGCUGUAUGAAGUGACCAACACUCCAGCUAUGGCUCGAACCUCCAACCUGAAUGAAGAGCUGGGACAGGUGAAGUACAUCUUUUCUGACAAAACUGGUACACUGACAUGCAAUGUGAUGCAGUUCAAGAAGUGCACCAUCGCCGGAGUGGCCUAUGGUCACAGGUCUGAAACGGAGGACGGUAGUUUUGCGGAGGACGAAUGUCAUAGCUCUCACUCGAUGGAGGAAGCUGGAUUUAAUGACCCCAGUUUGCUGGAAAAUCUCCAAAGCAAUCAUCCCACCGCUGCUGUGAUCAAGGAUUUUAUGACAAUGAUGGCAAUCUGUCACACAGCCGUCCCUGAGCGCACUGACGACACCAUCGCCUACCAAGCUGCCUCUCCAGACGAAGGAGCCCUCGUCCGCGCAGCACGCAAUCUCGGCUUCGUUUUCACAGCCAGGACUCCGGACAGCGUCAUCAUCGAGGCGCUGGAUCAUGAAGAGAAAUACGAACUACUACAUGUGUUGGAGUUCACAAGUGCCAGAAAGAGGAUGUCGGUCAUCAUGCGCACUCCAUCAGGAAAGAUCCGGCUGUACUGUAAAGGAGCUGACACGGUCAUCUACGACCGCUUGGCAGACAGCUCGAGGUAUAAGGAUAUUACACUGAAACAUCUGGAGCAGUUUGCUACAGAGGGUUUGCGUACACUGUGCUUUGCCGUGGCAGACGUGUCCGAGUCGUCGUACCAGCAGUGGCAGGAAGUCCAUCAUCGCGCCUGCACCUCGCUGCAGAACAGAGCGCUCAAAAUGGAGGAGAGCUAUGAGCUCAUCGAGAAGAACCUGCAGCUGCUUGGAGCCACUGCGAUCGAGGACAAGCUGCAGGAUCAUGUCCCAGAGACUAUUGCGACGCUGGUGAAGGCUGACAUUAAGAUCUGGAUCCUGACCGGAGACAAGCAGGAGACCGCCAUUAAUAUAGGUCACUCCUGCAAGCUGCUCACCAAGAACAUGGGCCUGCUGGUGAUUAAUGAGGAGACUCUGGAUGGGACGAGGGAAACUCUGAACCACCACUGCAGCAUGCUGGGAGACGCCCUGCAUAAAGAAAACGACUGUGCUCUGAUCAUCGACGGGAAGACGCUGAAGUACGCAUUCACCUUCGGAGUGCGCCAAUACUUCCUGGACCUGGCGCUGUCCUGCAAGGCCGUCAUAUGCUGCAGGGUUUCUCCUUUGCAGAAGUCAGAGGUGGUGGAAAUGGUGAAGAAACAGGUGAAGGUCAUAACUCUCGCCAUCGGCGACGGUGCCAACGACGUAGGCAUGAUCCAGAGCGCUCACGUGGGUGUCGGCAUCUCGGGCAACGAGGGACUACAAGCUGCCAACUCUUCUGAUUAUUCUAUCGCACAGUUCAAGUAUUUGAAGAACCUCUUGCUGGUCCAUGGCGCCUGGAACUACAACCGAGUUGCUAAGUGUAUCCUAUACUGCUUCUACAAAAACAUUGUGCUGUAUAUUAUUGAGAUCUGGUUUGCGUUUGUGAACGGCUUCUCUGGUCAGAUUCUUUUCGAGCGCUGGUGCAUCGGCCUCUAUAACGUGAUCUUUACAGCUCUCCCGCCCUUGACCCUGGGCAUUUUCGAGCGCUCAUGCAGAAAAGAAAACAUGCUCAAAUACCCAGAACUGUACAAAACGUCCCAGAAUGCCCAGGGCUUCAACACCAAGGUCUUUUGGGCCCAUUGUCUGAAUGGACUCUUCCACUCGGUCAUCCUCUUCUGGUUCCCCCUGAAAGCCUUCCAGCACGAUACCGUCUUUGGGAACGGAAAAACUCCAGACUAUCUGCUCCUGGGGAACAUGGUGUACACAUUUGUGGUGAUCACGGUGUGUCUCAAGGCCGGGUUGGAGACCUCCUCCUGGACCAUGUUCAGUCAUAUAGCCAUUUGGGGCAGCAUUGGAUUGUGGGUAGUGUUCUUCGGCAUCUACUCCUCUCUGUGGCCGCUCAUACCUCUGGCUCCAGAUAUGUCAGGAGAGGCGGAUAUGAUGUUCAACUCUGGAGUCUUCUGGAUGGGACUGUUUUUCAUUCCUGUCACUUCUCUGGUAUUUGACCUGGCUUACAAAGUUAUAAAAAAGGCAUGCUUCAAGACCCUGGUGGAUGAGGUUCAGGAACUAGAAGCUCUGUCAAAGGACCCUGGAGCAGUGGUUCAUGGGAAAAGUCUUACCGAGAGGGCCCAACUGCUGAAGAACGUGUUUAAGAAGAGCACGGUCAGCCUGUACCGCUCCGACUCCAUGCAGCAGAAUCUACUCCAUGGCUACGCUUUCUCUCAGGACGAGAACGGAGUGGUCUCCCAAUCGGAGGUCAUCAGGGCCUAUGACACCACCAAGCAGCGCACCAGCGAGUGGUGAGACCCGGCCCCCUCGGCCCGGCCCGGCCCAACCCGGCCACUCAGCCGCCAGUCAACCUUUCGAAGCUGACAGAUGUUAAGGCCUGUCAGGUUGUUUUUGUCCAGCUCUCUCUCUCUCUCUCUCUCGCUGGAACUGUGUAGAAUAGAGCAAAGAGGUCAGUGCUUUAAAAGGGGGGGAGAAAAGCAAGGAACAAAAAUUAAUUUAUAGUUUCAAGAAAAGCUGUCAAAGUGCAGCACAGUUUGCUGUUUCCAGUUGUGUGAGUGUGGUUUAUGCUGGACUACAGUGACACUGACCCAACAAGCAUGGGGGACGCUGCGAAGACUCCGACAUGUUCUCUACUCUGACGUUCACACUUCUUCAGAAAUCUGGUUUGGACGAUGGUGUUUGUUUAACCCUUUCUGCUCAUGCUCUUUGAUUGUUUCUCUAAUCGGUGAUUGCGUCUUAUCCUCCCUCUCUCUCUCUCUCUCUCUCUCUCUCUCUCUCAUCGCUCUACAUUAACCCUGGAACAGAUCUUUUACAAGUGGCUGUUGCCAAAGAGUUACAGAUUCAAAUGUAAGAUGUUUUAUCUUGUCAUGUUCACAGUUCGCUCCCCAAGUGUUUUUUUUUUUUUCUCUCCUCUGAUUCGAUCACUGCGCACCCAAAACAAAUUGCUUGCUCUAAGUUCUUUUAUCAUUUAUAAUUUUAUUUUAGAAAAUCAGGUUUUUGUUUUUUGGUGCCUGAAUCUGUUAUUGCAUUCCACAUGGCACACAGCUGCAAAUCACUAAUGUGCCUAAUCAGAACUGUUUAGUCCCCUGUUAGAGAGUAUUUCAGAUCCUUUAGCUAGGUAGAAUUAAUAACCCAGUGAGCCAUGAAGCUGCUGUUGUUGUCUCUGCAGUGCCUGGCUGAUUGGUUCGAAUGAAGAGGCUGGUAUGAGCUUCUUGUUGAGUCUGUUCUCAGCCAGUGUUUUGAUCCAAACACUCGACUUUGGACGAACAUUGAGCCGAUCCCACAGAACUGAAGUGCCAUUAGCGUACGGGAAAGUAACCAGGAUGUAAGUUUUAGAGGUGCACCCGCCAUCCAAACGUCUUUUGUGUCUAUACUUAUUUUGUGAGUUUGUAUUUUUAUAUUGGACAAGUACUCUUUUUGGAUCGAUCCGCUUCGUAAGGAAACGUCAUUUUUCUGUUUUGUCGUCAGUCUCCUGGUAGAUGAGUCUACUUACCCCUGUGUCCUGUUAACUUUAUUAAAUCUCCAUUCUUUUCUUCUUUUUACGGUCGUGUUCGUGCACUAGUUCUUUUCUCCCUGUGGGAGAGCAGGUUCUGCAGAAUAUUGUGUCUCGUCCGCAUGUGCAUGUGUGAGUGUGUGUACGUGUUUGAAAGAAUGUGAGUGUGUGUGUGUACCUGUUGUUCAGCAUGUCUGUUGUAAAUUAACCCUGGGAGAAAAACUGCUGUUUCUUCAAACUGAAUACUUAAAUCCCUUUGUAUUUGUGAAAGAACGAGUGUGUGUGUGUGUGUGUGUGUGUGUGUGUGUGUGAGAACUCCCUUGUCUCUGUCUUUCCUGUGUGAUGCUGCUCGCUCCUCGUCUGCACGACUCCGGGUAUAAUCAGUGAGUUAUGUGCUGCUGCAUGGCCGUGUACGUGUGUGGGAUGUGCACUAGUGUGUGUGUGUGUGUGUGUGUGUGUGUGUGUAGGGGUGGAAAUGUGUCUGCGUCUUAGGCGCAGAAGGGUUCUCGUCAGUGAUGCCUAAAGCUUGACAGAUGAUGUUGCACACUGCACUGUUAGUUUCUCCAGUGAUGGCGAGUCUCUCUGAUCUCGAGUAUUAUUUCCAGUAUUAUGUAUCUGUUUGUAUGAACUUUUAUUUAAAAUCUCGGAGCGUAUCUCUUCUUUUACCAGGAAUCUCAGCAUUUCCCUUUUCAGCUAUUGUUGUAAAGUACUGCUAGAGUGCAUUUGUCUUUUUAUCUCCGCUUUCGGUGAGCGUCGUCUCGGCCGUCGGUUGCGUUCGGCUCUCCCUGACCCACACCCGGGUUUGCGAAGAGAAACGCGACGACGGAGUCAGAUUUCUGCGUUUCCAAAGCCGUUGUCUGUGGACGUGGUUGACUGCAUGACUGGAUUAAAUGUUAGUCGUAUACAAAUUCUCCUUCUGCUGUCGUCACUUUUUUUUCUUCUUUUUUUUUUUUUUUUUUUAAAGUUGUUUGUAUUAACCUUUUUGUUUAAUUAAUUUAUUUUUAUGUCUUCAUUGUUUAUGGAUUGUUCAGCAUGUUGGGACUGCGAAAUUUUAAAUGUUCUGUCUUUUACUGCCAUAACAGACUAAUGAAAUAAACUUUACAACACGAA